AUGGCUUCACCAUCUCCCCCUCCGCCGAACACGUCCUUACCCGCACAUUCUUCCAUCAGCAUCAAUAUUCUCCCCGAGGAAAUCCUCCUCCAAGUGCUCGCAUAUCUCCUCGAUACUAAGGCCCAAGACUCGCUGGGGAACAAGUCACCCUACAAGAUGCCGGAUCCAUGCGACUACGCCGCGCUCCUCGAAACCUCCUUGGUGAACCGCAAGUUCCGCCGUACGGCCCAAGAAGUGCUGUUCAGCCAUGUCGAUCUAACCCGGCAGCCGGGCCGGCGAACAGUCCUGCUUCUACGCACUUUGACAGAGCGUGAGGGAUCCAAGGAGUUGGGGCGGAAGACACAAGCGUUGAAGAUGGAGUUUUGGCGAUAUGUUGAUGAGUGGAUGCGGCCAUCCAUGGUGAAAUCCUUGGUGGAGGAGGUGCAGGGGUCAGGCAUCCCUUCGCAGCACAAGGACCGCUGGAUCGACGGUAUUAGGAAGUGUGGGCUUUGGCGACGGCUCGGCGCGAUGUUUCUGCUGCUGCCGAACCUGAAGGAGUUCGAUUUGACUCUGGCGGGCGCGGGGUUUUGCAUCCCCAGCCUCGACUUCCUCACCGGGUGCGGCGCAUUCGCACAUCUCCGCACACUCACGCUGCGCAAUUUGAACGGAUCGGAUCUCAUUCACUGCCUGCUGGAGACGGCGCAACUGCUUAGCAGCCGCUCGCUAAAGACGCUGGAACUGGUGAGCGGUCCGCGAAACCAGACAUGUGAGAGCGCGGUGCCGAAUGAGGUACUGGAGAAGGAUUGGACGUGCAAUAUCGAGCAGCUUCGCCUGUUUGGCUUCUUCGCCAAUAACCUUAUCGAACGCCUCGUCGCGCGCUGCAACCGCCUCCGCUCACUCUCGUAUACUGCAUGGCCGGAAGGCCACGACAUACAAGGCAUAUUCGACACCGCUCUUGCUGCCAAGGACACCCUUGAGGAUCUCACAUUUCGCAUUAAGAGCGCGAUGCAUGAUCCUGAUUCGAUCCUUGAUCCCGCCCGAUAUUCCCUACACCUCGACCAGUAUCCGAACCUCCGACGCGUAGAAGUCGGCGGCAUGCCGGGUGUAUCCCCUAACUGCCUCCCUCCCGUCAUCGAAGAAUUCCGCUUCACGCCCGACCGCACACUCAUCGUACAUAACGCGCGACAAACUGCCGAUCUUGGACCCGACUUCCUCCAAUUCCUCCGCAAUAUACCGCAGUACCUACCCUCGUUGAGGAAAGUCGUGGUUAGCGCUAUGGAAGCUGUUGGGGUUGGAGCAGGUUAA